CUCCUUUUUAAGUUUAAAAGCUCUUACAAAUAAUUAAUACUCCCUAUGUUCCCGAAAGUAAGAUUUUCUAGAGUUUUCACGUUUAUUAGGAAUUUAAUAAAUGUUUACAAUUUAAUCUACAAUUUACUUUUCAAUACACUUUCCAAUAACUAUCCACCAAUAAAAUUUAAUCAAUUCAAAUAUUCAUAAUUUAUAUUUCUCAAAAGUAUACAAAAGUACCUUAAGAAAAUAUAUUUUUGUGGAACAAGAAUAAACUCUAGAAAAUCUUAGUUUCGGGAACGGAGGGAGCAUAUAUUAAGCUACAUAUCUAUCCUAUAACAAAUAUGAUUUUAAAAUCAAUAAUCUCUUUUUAUUUGAAAGGGGAUAAGAUGAAAAGCAAAAGGAAAUAUAUAAAACUAUAUAUAAAAGAGGAUUCUAAAAUCCUAAUUUAAUUGAAAAGAGAAGACAAGAUACAAAACGUUGUUUGUAAGUUGGAAGAAUGGCGAUGGCUAUGUCAGAUAUUCCAGGGGAAUUGGUAACGGAGAUAUUAUCUAGGGUUCCAUUGACAUCUCUUAGGGCACUGCGAUGCACUUGUAAAACGUGGGAAGCUUUAUCAGAAACCCACAUCGUUGGUAAAACAGACGCAGAGGGCACGUUUCUAGGGUUCAUGGUGAUAGAUUAUAACCUUUGUUCAAUGAAACUUGAUCUCCAAGGAACCCGCAACAACGGCAACUUGGUUUAUAUUCCCUCUAUUGAGAGAGUAUGGUUUCUUGAACAAGCUGAGAUAUGGGAAGUCUUUCACUGGGACGGCUUGCUGCUAUGCGUCAUCAGAGAUGAGACGCGGCUUCUUGUGUGGAACCCGUAUUUGAGGCAACUCAGGUGGAUCCAAACAAGGGACAAACUCCAUUCAGCAUACAUGUAUGGUCUCGGAUACGAAAACAACAACAACAACGAUCGUAACCACAAGAUCUUGAGGGUUUUGGACGUUACUAAGUCCUCAGAACCUGGUCCCUUAUUCGAAAUCUACGAUUUUAACUCAAGUUCAUGGAGAGUUCUUGAUGUCAAUCCCGGCAACUGCGUUAUAAAAAGUGGCGUGUCUCUCAAGGGAAACACUUACUUUUUGGCUGAAGAAACUUGGUUGGAAGGGUUUGCUGUUGAGAGUCAAUAUAUCUUACUAUGUUUCGAUUUUACAGCAGAGAGGUUUGGACAGCGUAUUGUUCUGCCGUUUGAAGCUUAUGUUAGUUUUUCGAAAACCGUGGUUCUAUCACGUGUUAGAGAUGAGCAGCUCGCUGUGUUACAUCAACCCGAAGACAACAAUGUAUUGGAGUUUUGGAUUACGAGCAUGAUUGAGCCCAAUGCUGCAUCUUGGACCAGGUUCUUGAGAGUGGAGAUGACACCGUUUAGCUUUGUGACUGAGAGUUUCUUCAUUGAUGAGGAGAAGAAACUGGCUCUUGUUUCCGGAUUCUUUAAGUUGUUUAGACAUAUUUACAAAAGAGCUUAUAUCAUUAGAGAACAAGGAUGCAUCGAAUCUGUGGAGAUGAGAAAAGAUAGGGAACCUGGAAACAAACUAGUCUUCUCUUCUUAUUCUCCAAGUCUGGUGCAACUACAAAUCAACGGACGGGGCAAAUGGAAAGAAAGAGAUUAUUAGUCCUUUUAAAUCUGUGUUUUUUUAUUUAUCAUCUAUUAAACAAGGUAAAAACAUGCAGAAACUUAAUUAGUUCAGUAGUUUGAUUGAGUGUUUAUUAAUGUUUCUACACCAAUAUAUCUAUGGUUUGAGUUAUAUUUAUUAUUAGUUAAGCAGAGUAAUUUACAUUAAAUUUUCAUCAUGAUGCAAAUAAAACUAUAUCAUAUAUGGAUCUUCAUAUAUUGAUUCAGUAUAAGUAGAACGUUCAGACAUGAAUCUUAAUAAAAUAGAUAUAAUUGUCAGUUUGUCGAGUCGUUGAUGAAUUAAUUCAUAAUUUGUACUUGCAUCUUUAGUUCUGUUGUGCAAUAGUUUAUGAUCAGGGUUGGGUUCGUCUCUCUCUUUGCAGUCUUUUAUUUCAUUCUAGCUAGAACAUGGGUUGAUGAUCUGUUAAUAAGAAUUAGUUUUCUUAAUCUGUUGUAUUGUUUUGCUGGUUUAUCAGAAUGGAUCUCAUUUCUUUUUUGGGCAAAUCUCCAAAAUAGCACAUUUCUAAGUUUAUAUUACAAAAAUAGCACUCAAAAACUAAAAUGACCAAAAUAGCAACUUUCUAAGUUUAUCCUUUGAAAAUUUUAA